UGAUCAGCAGCAAGGGUGCAGAGAGGCAGCUCAAGGAGGAAGGAAACCCAGAAAAAGAGAGGGAGUGAAAGAGGGAGUCUGGCAGAGGGGAAGAGAAACCAGGCAGGGCAUCUCCGGGGAGAAAGGAGGGAGGAGAAAAGGCGGGAAACAGAAAGAGGGGGAACAAGGGAAGAAGGAAGGACAGGAGUAAGAAGGUAGAGGUGCUUGGGGAAAAGCAAGGGGCAGAGCAGCCCCUGGGAGCCAAGGGGCCACGGACAUCCAAUGCCAAGCAUCGUCUGGGAGUGCUGAGCGGGUACAGCCAAGCAGAGCAGCUCUUGUGGUCUCCUCCCAUCUCUCAAGAUGAUGAAGAGGCAGUUUCAUCGGAUGCGGCAGCAGCUGUCCCAUCCCAGCCUCACCAGCCGAGCCCAAGAAGCAACCGAGCUCCUGACAGAAGAUUUGCUGCAGAUCGAGCAGAGGAUUGAGCCUGCCAAGCGAGCAGCUCACAGUGUGUCCAAGAGGCUCCAGGCCUGUCUGCAGGGACAGUGUGGGUCGGAGAUGGACAAGCGAGUGAAGAAGCUGCCCUUGAUGGCUCUGUCCAUGACAAUGGCUGAGAGUUUCAAGGAACUGGACACGGAGUCCAGCCUUGGGAGAGCCCUGGAGAUGGGUUGUUGCAUACAGAGCUCACUGGCCAAAAUCCUAGCUGAGUUUGAGAUCACCCUGGAGCGUGACGUCCUGCAGCCACUGAACAAGCUCAGCGAGGAAGAGCUUCCCAUCAUCCUGAAGCGCAAGAAGACACUGCAAAAGCUGAUCUCUGACUGGAACACCAUCAAGAGCAGGCUGAACCAAGCUGCCAAAAGCUCCAGCAACAGCACAAGCACUGGCACCGGCCCUGGGGCUUCUUCUGCUGCCAACAAACUGGAGAACUUGAAGGAAGAGGAGGAGGAGGUGAAGAGGAAGGUGGAGCAGUGCAGGGACGAGUACAUGGCUGACCUCUACCACUUCUCCACUAAAGAGGACAGCUAUGCCAGCUACUUUAUCAGACUGAUGGAAAUCCAAGCCCAAUACCACCGGCAGUCCCUGGGAUCUCUGGACUCUGCUCUGGCAGAGUUGAAGGAAGCCCACAGCCAGACAGAGCCCUCCUUCACUGCAAACACCCCAGUUGCAGGGUAUUACGGCGUGUCCCUAGAGACACACCUCAAGAGCUUGGGCCGGGAGAUUGCGCUCCCCAUCGAGGCCUGCGUCAUGAUGUUGCUGGCCUCAGGCAUGAGGGAGGAGGGACUCUUCCGGCUGGCGGCGGGUGCCUCAGUGCUGAGGAAGCUGAAGAGCAGCUUGGCCAGUGGCUCCAAUGCCCUGGAGGAGGUCUACGCGGAUCCCCACGCCCUCGCCGGGGAGGGUGCGCUGAAAUCCUACCUGCGGGAGCUGCCCCAGCCUCUGAUGACCUUCGAGCUCUACGAUGAAUGGGUCAAAGUGGCCAGCUUCAAGGACCUUGAUGGCCGAGUACAGAGUCUCCAAGACACCUGCAGCCGCCUGCCCCAGGAGAACUACAAUAAUUUGAGGUAUCUGAUCAAGUUUUUAGCCAAGCUGGCCGAACACCAGGAGGUGAAUAAAAUGACACCCAGCAACAUUGCCAUUGUGCUGGGCCCCAACCUGCUCUGGGCACAGCAGAGCACAGAAGACCCCGUGCAACUGGACUUGGCCUCUGUCUGCUCCAUCCAGGUGGUGAGCAUUGUGGAAGCCCUCAUCCAAAACGCGGACACCCUCUUCCCUGGAGAGAUAGAUUUCAACGUCUCGGGCAUGUUCACACCGCCUGCGAAUGCUGUACUUAUCAAGGCCAGCCCGGUAGAGGAGCCAUCUCCCGAGUCCCCUCCAGCCAGCACCCCUGCUCUCCCAGCUGAAGAAGUCACAAAGGACCCCAAGGCGAGUUCUCAGCCAGCUUCCCCAACGGUGACCAGAUCUUCUCCUGAAGCUGCAGGGCAGCUGGCUCCGACACCAGCCAAGUGA